GGUUGUCAUGUACAUCGAAUUCCGUAUCUAUUUCUGGUUAGCUUUCCAGCUGUUGUAUUGCUUACCAUGUAGUGUGAUCAGUGUGUCAGCGAGUGUGGUCAAUGCACGGUCAACGCGAACACGUCCUCCGAACUUCGUCCUGAUGAUGGCGGACGACUUGGGAAUCGGCGAUAUCGGUUGCUUUGGUAACGGUACGAUGCGGACUCCUAACGUCGAUAAGAUCGCGGCUGGAGGAGCCAAAUUGACACAUCACAUAUCAGCGGAAUCUCUGUGUACACCUAGUCGUGCGGCCUUUCUAACUGGGCGCUACCCCAUACGAUCAGGAAUGGCAUCGGACAGAGUACGAGUGCUGUUAUAUUUAUCUAAUAGUGGUGGUUUACCAAGAAAUGAAACAACGUUUGCAGAAAUCGUCAGCAAAGCGGGCUAUGCCACUGGACUGAUAGGUAAAUGGCACCAAGGUCUCAAUUUAGAAAGUUCCAGUGAUCAUUAUCAUCAUCCAUUAAACCAAGGUUUUGAGUAUUUCUACGGACUACCACAUUCAAACAUGCAAGAGUGUGAUCUGGUUUCAGAAAGUCAAGUUAUUCAAAAUCGUUACCCAAACAUUUACCGCCAUAUUGUGUUGAUUGGUUUGCUUACCGUUACAACGCUGUUGUUGUUGAAAGAAAUGACACUAAUAACAUGGAAUGCCGUGAUUGGCUGGACUGUUACCAUAGUAAUAUUAACUACUCUGCUUAUUGGCAUUGUGCGUAACAGUGGAAUGUUUAAUUGCGUUUUAAUGAGGAAUCAUGACGUCAUUGAGUUGCCUGUGCAGCUUCGCACGCUGACGUCACGUAUGACCAGAGAAGCAGUCAAUUUCAUCGAGCAGAAUAAGGAACGCCCUUUCUUACUAUUUCUCGCAUAUCCUCAACCACAUACUGCUUUGGUUCCAUCCGAUAAGUUUAAAGGAACUAGCAAACAUGGUCACUAUGGUGACUGUGUUGAAGAAAUGGAUUGGAGUAUAGGGUCGGUUUUAGAUACCCUUAGUAGACUUGAUCUCUAUAACGAUACAGUUGUGUAUUUUUCAUCAGACCAUGGCGGACAAGUAGAACUCAACGAUCAAGGGGGGUGGAAUGGAAUUUAUAAAGGAGGUAAAGGCCAGACAACUGAAGGGGGUAUUCGGGUACCUGGAGCAAUACGAUAUCCUCGUAUGAUCCCGAAAGGAACCGUCAUCAAUGAACCGACGAGUUUAAUGGAUAUACUGCCCACACUUGCCACAUUGUCUGGUGAAUCACUUCCUUCUGAUCGAGUCAUAGAUGGGCAGAAUAUAAUGCCAUUGUUGACGGCGAGAGAGAAAGUCUCGCCACAUAAAUUCCUGUUUCACUACUGUGGUAAAAAAAUCCACGCUGCCAGGUACAGACCACGUUUUGGUAAUGCAACAUAUAAAGCAUACUUCGCAACACCGAAUUGGACGCCCGGGACGUAUGGGUGUUUUGAGACGUUAAACUGCGCCUGUCAUAAAUCAAUCCACCACGAUCCGCCACUGUUAUACAAUCUGUCGCUUGACCCUCGUGAAGACAACGCCCUCAACGUUUCAGAUGUUAAGUACUCUGAUAUCGUGAAUAGGAUAAAGGACGCAGUGGCGGAACACAAAUCCACGAUUAUUCCAGUACAAGACCAAUUAAUAUGGACAAACAUUAUACCGAAACCAUGGUUACAGCCAAUAUGUGGACUACCGCCAUUUAUAACUUGCCAGGAAUCUAUUAUGUCAUAA